AUGCUGUUAUCAGGUAGCUUUUGGAGUGACCAGCCAUGCAAGGGGCAGUGUCGCAACCGUAGAUGUACUAUAGCUGCCCGUCGCGCCACGCGAAUAUUUUGCAGGCUGAGUGCUAUAUCUGCCAUGAAAUUCUUAAGGACUUUGCGGCCCCUAAAGACUUCCGCUCUCUCGAUCUCAAUCCUGCGAGCCAACCCGAGGCCCCCUGUGUCACUUUCUCGACAUCUUCGGUGUAUGUACACCCCUUACGAGAUAGAUGCUUCAGAAGGCUUUUCAAGGGGGCCCCCUGGGGGCUUCCUAUCGGCCCAUUCUGUGGGUUCCGCGAAGGAGACCCCCGGAGGCCCCCCGUUAGUUGAAGGGGGGACCGCACUAGGAGCAACAGGCAACGAGGUGUUGGUGGAUUCGGAUGUUGAGGUGUAUGCAUAUCAGCUGGAGACGGCUGUCGCCGCUCUCAGCGCCUUCAGGAUGAAACAGCAGGCUCACGCAUUGACGGAACUUAUGCAGCACAAUAUAGCACUCCUAAGACAUCGCACCCCACCUGCAGGAACGCCAGCCGCGGUACAAGGAGCGACAGGCCUUGAGUCUUGGUUGUUUUGCAGCUUUGAUUCAGAGGCUGCUUCUUUGCAGCCUCCGAAUCCCCCGUCUCAGCGCUCAGUUUGGGGCAGGAAUCUGGAUAGAGCUUCUUUGGAGGCUGAGCUGAAGGCGGCGAUUGAGGGGCCUCCAGGAAGCCUCCAGUGGCUCCACGCACUAAGCCACGUCGCGGCAGACGAGCAGGCUGCACAGGCUAUUCUUGAUAUAGCUGCUAUGGAUCCAAGCUUCCCAUGCGCGGGCGUGCAGCGGCAGAUUCUUCUUACCCUCUGCAGUCUCUCUGUUGACACGAGCAGGAUCAAUGACGUUCUCAAUCUCGUAUUCGGACCAACAGAUCAACCUGCAGCAACUGAUGAGCAAAGAAUCGGCCGGAUCAUUAAAAAGACGACUGAGGCGGGAGCGCUGCAGGAACGGAAGGUCACUGCAGCUGCAGCUGCAUGCGUGACUCCAGUUGCUGCUGCGCGGAGUGCUGCAGGAUCACGGAUGGAAUCCGAUGUCGAUCCACCCCAGAUGCAACAGCAGCUGCACCGCCAGACGUUGUUUGCUGGUGAUGAGGCGUGGUCAUUCCUGUGGCACCUUGUGGGCUUGGCGUAUCAGCGGGAGGCAGCCUCUCCCUCGUCUUCCCAGGCCGCUUUCCGCCGUUGCUCGGCACUUUGCUUCCUUUGCGCCUUGCAGCUGUCCCCUUUCUCCCUUUGCUCUUUUGAGGCGGCACUUCCUGUUGAAGCAGCAGCGCGAGCUGUUGCAGCUGCAGCGUCGGCAGCAACAAUGGUUGGCUGUCUUGCACGCCCAGCAACACAGGCGCUGGCAGCUACAGCAAGACGAAGCAGUCUGGAAGAGUGGUUCGCGUCUCUUCAGUCACUCCUUGCAGGUUAUAGGUGUGACCUCGUCCUAAGCAGCCCUCACAGUGCAGCUGUAGCUCAUCAUGGAGCCCCUCCCUCCCCCCCUCCUUGCGAAGCUCGCCCCACCCUGCUCUGCGCGCCUGUUCGGCAGUGCUCUGCUGGCUCAAGCCUCACAUCUCCAGAAUGA